AGCAACUGUAGUCCAAUAUACCAAUACUAAAAACUGAAUGCUAAAAGGAAAGGGCUGUGACGUGUACCCAAGUCUCGUCCUUGAAUUUGUUUGAAGACCUCUGAAACCAUGACCGGGUUCUUGUCGUAUAUGGACCCAAGGCGGAUUCCAUGGGGAGCCACAUGGCAUGCCGUCAAUGCCAGGAUCUUACGCACCAAGCCUGUAGAGUCUAUGCUGGAAGGGGCCGGUGGAUCCGCAGCUCACAGUACCAAACUGGCACGGGUGCUUACAACGGUGGAUCUGGUUUCACUUGGGGUCGGAAGCUGUGUUGGAACAGGAAUGUAUGUGGUUUCUGGACUGGUCGCUAAAGAAAUGGCGGGGCCUGGAGUCAUUGUGUCCUUUAUAAUAGCAGCCGUGGCAUCAAUAUUAUCAGGUGUCUGUUACGCUGAAUUUGGAGUUCGUGUCCCCAAAACCACCGGUUCUGCCUAUACAUACAGCUACGUCACUGUUGGAGAAUUUGUGGCAUUUUUCAUCGGAUGGAAUUUAAUCUUAGAGUAUCUGAUCGGUACAGCAGCCGGUGCUAGUGCGCUCAGCAGUAUGUUCGAUUCCCUCGCAAAUCACUCUAUCAGCCACUGGAUUAUAAGUAGUGUUGGGACAUUAAAUGGAUUGGGUAAAGGAGAAGAAUCGUAUCCAGAUCUUCUUGCUUUGGUCAUUGCCGUUAUCGUGACAAUAAUCGUCACCCUUGGAGUAAAAAAUUCAGUUGGAUUUAAUAACGUGUUGAAUGUAAUUAACUUGGCGGUGUGGAUCUUCAUUAUGAUAGCAGGCCUGUUUUUCGUCAAUGGAAAGAACUGGUCGGAAGGAAAUUUUCUUCCUCACGGAUGGUCGGGGGUACUAAAAGGUGCUGCGACUUGCUUUUAUGCGUUCAUAGGGUUUGACAUCAUAGCAACCACAGGGGAAGAAGCAAAGAACCCUAAUACUUCUAUUCCAUAUGCCAUCACUGCCUCAUUGAUCACCUGUUUGACAGCAUAUGUCUCUGUAAGUGUUAUAUUAACGUUAAUGGUGCCAUACAAUAUGAUUGAUUCCGAAUCCCCGUUAAUGGAGAUGUUUGUCGCCCAUGACUUCUACACAGCUAAAUUCAUUGUGGCGAUAGGAUCUGUGGCUGGGCUCACGGUCAGUCUUUUUGGCUCGCUGUUCCCCAUGCCCAGGGUCAUUUAUGCAAUGGCUGGAGAUGGACUUUUGUUCAGGUUUCUGUCACAUGUCAGUUCAUAUACAGAAACUCCAGUGGUGGCAUGUAUUGUCUCUGGAUUUUUAGCGGCUCUCCUUUCUCUGUUGGUCAGUCUCCAGGAUCUCAUAGAAAUGAUGUCAAUUGGCACUUUGUUAGCAUACACUCUGGUGUCUGUUUGCGUCUUAUUAUUACGCUACCAACCUGAGAGUGACAUUGAUGGGUUUGUAAAGUUUCUUUCUGAAGAGCACACAAAAAAGAAGGAAGGGAUUCUUGCGGAUUGUGAGAAGGAAGCUUGCUCACCAAUGAGCGAUGGAGAGGAAUUCAGUGGCCCAGCUACCAACACUUGCGGUGCGAAGAAUCUACCAUCCCUUGGAGACAACGAAAUGCUAAUUGGUAAAUCAGAUAAGUCUAAUUACAAUGUAAACCACCCAAAUUACGGAACAGUUGAUAUGACAUCAGGAAUAGAGGCAGAUGGGUCUGAAAACAUCUACCUUAUCAAGCUGAAGAAACUUAUCGGACCACGAUAUUAUACAUUGAGAAUUCGUCUUGGAUUGCCUGGCAAAAUGGAUCGCCCAACCGUAGCUACUGGUCGUACAGUCACCAUCUGUGUUAUGCUUCUGUUCAUCUUGGCCUUCAUCUUCUGCUCAUUUAUUAUCUUUGGUGCAGACUACGUGUAUGACCAAGUAUGGUGGGCUGUCCUUUUAGUAGUUUUUAUGGUACUUCUAAUCUUUGCCUUGGUUUUUGUAAUCUUACAACAACCAGAGAACCCAAAGAAGUUGCCUUACAUGGCACCAUGUGUCCCAUUUGUGCCUGCUUUUGCCAUGCUGGUAAACACAUAUCUGAUGCUGAAACUAUCGUCCAUUACAUGGAUCCGAUUUGCUGUCUGGUGUUUUGUAGGUUUGCUGAUUUACUUUGGUUAUGGGAUGUGGAACAGUACGUUAGAAAUCAGUGCUAGAGAAGAAGUGCUUCAUCAGAGCACCUAUCAGCGCUAUGAUGUAGAUGACACCUUCUCCGUAGAUGAAGGAUACUCUUAUGCUCCCGAAGGAGAAAAAACCCAGGACUGGGAAAAUACUGAAAGCAAAGGUUAUUACUAUCAGCAUUCUGCAGAGGCUCAGGACAGCGCCUGGACAAACAGCAGAUCCAAAAGCAAAGGGAGACAUAAACAGGACUCGGAUGCGCUGAUCGCCAAUGAUGAGCUUGACUACUCUGCAGAGUAAAAAAAACAAACCUGUCGUGUGUGUGUGUGUUUGAUGCUCCUCAACUCUGGCCCAACAUAAGACAGCUUCUUGGGCUGUGUAGGGACUUUUCUUCUGUCUACCGCAUAAUACUGCUUAUUAAGAGUGUUUGCCAUAUUUUCUAUCAUGAGAAUAAUUUCAUAGCCCUUCAAACAUUCAGCUGUUUCUAUAUUUCGCAUAUUUUCAAAUAUAUUACAA